AUCAAAUAUAAUAUCAAAUCCAUUCGCCAAUACCAAUAUCAUGUUUUCUAACUCGUGCAAAUACAUCCUUCCACUGUUAUGAAAAGAUGAUUGCUCUCAAACCCAUUCAUCCUUCAUUCAGUCCUACCAAUAUCAAAUAUAAUAUCCACCACAACAGCAGACUCCUGAUCACAAGUUCUAUUUUGUGCCUCUGCAAGUCCCAUGAAUCUGAUUCUCAAGCUCCCCAACCGGGAGAUAUUCAAAAACAAGAACUGCUAGCCCAAAUUGCCAUGAUUCAAACUCAAAAAGUCCGUCUUACAGAUUAUUUAGACGAGAGAUCUGCAUAUUUAACCCAAUUUGGUGAAGAAGCCAAGACUGAGUUUGACAAGAUUGGAGAGGAUGCCCUCAAAGGAUUAGAUGAAGCUCGUGAAAGAAUAACAGCAAACAUAGAAAGCCAGAUGCUAGAAUUUGAAGAAUCUGCAGAACUUAACAGACAAGAGAUUCAGGAGCGCGAAAACAAACUAGACGAGUUUGAAGUUCAAAUGGAGGAUGGCAGAAACGAAGGGCUAUUCUUUAAGAGGCUCAGAAAGAGGGCACCUGUUGAUAAAGCAAAAGCCAAGGAGGAGGCAGAAAAAAUCAAAGAUGUAGCCAGAGAAAAAGCAGGUAGCAAAACCAGGAAAAGCAUGUACCUCUUCUUUAUUGGCCUGCUGACCUUUGCAAUAGGUGACUCUAUAGCCUCAUCAUCAACUGAUUGGAGAAAAGUAGCAGUUCUUGGAGCUACUCUUGUGGCUUUAAUUUCUCAGUUCAUCUAUGAACAAAACAUGUCAUCAGAAACUGAAACAAGAAGAAAGAUCAACAAUGAAGAGGAAAAUAAGUGAAGUUCAAUUUUUAUUGUGAUUCACUGCAUGUUUCAUUGAAAGACAAUAUUAUUAAUGUAUAUUGCGUGAUGCAAUAACCCCAAGUGAAAGCUUGUAACUUGGGCCUGAUAACAUCAUGCAUUUUUGCUUUGGCAUCGACAGCAGCAGAUAUUGGUGAUAUAACUACAAUCACCAAAAUCUGAGUAACAGGAUUACCGUGUGAUGCUGAUGAAAUUUUUCACAUCCUAUAUAUAUAGAAAAACGUACUCAUA